AUAAAAAAAUAAACCAAAAAACCAUCGAAUACAGAGAAACUUUCGGAAUCCGUUCACUAGUCUCAAGACACAUCCGCAACCUGGCGACCAUGAAAGUUACGAGUAGAUGAUUAUCCGAAAGCCAAAGCCAAGUCCUGAAACUCUCUGCCAACUUUCUCCAUUCCCCGGUUGUCGUUGACACGUAAUUGACUUUGUCCGCACUUUCCACGAGGACAAUUUGUGCGCCACUUGCUUGGACCAAUUAAACGCCAUCGAUGACCAAUUGCAGUUGUCGCGAAAUUGCUCGCGAAGAUUGCCCAACGUAAUGACAGCAGAUGGGGGGAUUGGAUGUCCAGCACCGAACAGUGUCCAGUGAACCGUAAUCAAUGCAUAAUUUUUAAUGCAAUUUCUUGAAUGCAAUUACAGUCGUGAAUGUCUUUUGGCUAUAAAAGAGAACAGAACAGGACCAGAGCGACAAAAAAAUGCGAGUCCUGCCGUGCUGGGGAAAAUGCAAAAGCGAAUGGACAGCAACUCGUUAAUAUUCGGAGUGAUGAAAGUUCAAGUUAUCCUCCUGCUCCGUUGGCUACCCCUGCUAUUUUUCGUCGCUGCCAUCAGUGCGGCGGGGCCACGUGUCACUGGCAGCUGGCGGAGCGAAUAUUCCCAGGAUCCGGGUCCAAGCUCGAAAACACCGUGGGGCAAUCAGUUGCCGGAUAUGCUAGUCGCUUACUAUCGCCACCACGGCGUUCACAGUCUGAUGCUGGUCGUUUGUCACACGGACAUUGCGGAUGCUCGUCUUUGGACGCUGUGGCAGCACUUCAACCUCAAUGAUUUCUAUGUGCAGGUCAGUACAGAGACAUCGUUGAGGGACCUGCAAUAUGUCGAUGUCCUGGAUGAACUGGAGGACGCUCCACCCCCUCAGACUUUCCAACCCAACAACUCCACCCACUGGGCCACAUCGUUUAUACUUCCCAAGUCGUCCUACAAAUUGGGUAUCCUUUUGUUGGAAUUCCGCAGCGAGUGUGCCUUGAACCUGCUCCGUUGGUCAGCGGCAUCGGAACACAAUUACUUCACCACCAAUCGGUUUUGGUUACUUCUCACUGAGGAUGAGGCAGACAUUGAUCUACUGGAGGAUCAGAUAUUUAUACCGCCGGAUAGCGAAUUGAGAGUACUCCACCAUGAGACCACAGAUGGUAACUUUUCUUCGAGCCUGAUUGAUCUGUAUAAGGUGGCUGCCUGGAAGCCCCUGAAGAGAACCUUGGUGGGUAAGAAUAUCCGAAAUCCGAGGCAUAUUAUCCAUGCCCUGCAGCACUUUGGUUCGGCAAUAACCUAUAGGCAAAAUCUUGAGGGGAUUGUCUUCAAUACGGCCAUAGUUAUUGCCUUUCCUGAUCUCUUUACCAACAUUGAGGUGUCGCUUCGGCAUAUUGAUACCAUAUCCAAGGUUAAUCAUCGAUUGAUGCUGGAACUGGCCAACAGGUUGAAUAUGAGUUACAAUACUUAUCAAACCAUCAACUAUGGCUGGCGACAAGCCAAUGGUUCCUUUGAUGGCUUGAUGGGUCGCUUUCAGCGAUACGAACUGGACUUUGCUCAGCUGGCCAUCUUUAUGAGAUUGGAUCGUAUUGCUCUAGUCGAUUUUGUGGCUGAGACUUAUCGCGUACGAGCUGGAAUUAUGUUUCGACAGCCUCCGCUAUCGGCUGUGGCCAAUAUAUUUGCCAUGCCCUUUGAGAAUGAUGUGUGGGUCUCGAUCCUAAUGCUGCUCAUCAUAACUACGAUUGUCUUGGUCGUGGAACUACUCUUUUCACCGCAUACCCAUGAUAUGUCCUAUAUGGAUACGUUGAACUUUGUUUGGGGAGCUAUGUGCCAGCAGGGAUUUUAUGUGGAGGUUCGGAAUCGAUCAGCAAGGAUCAUAGUCUUCACUACAUUUGUGGCGGCUUUUCUAUUUACCUCCUUCUCGGCUAAUAUAGUCGCUCUGCUGCAGAGUCCCUCGGAUGCGAUUAGAUCGCUUACUGAUCUGGGCCAGUCGCCCCUUGAGAUAGGUGUUCAGGAUACGCAGUACAAUAAGAUAUACUUUACAGAGUCCACUGAUCCUGUGACCAAGAAUUUGUAUCACAAGAAAAUUGCCUCCAAGGGCGACAAUGUCUAUAUGCGCCCGGUUUUGGGAAUGGAAAGAAUGCGAACUGGGUUAUUCGCAUAUCAAGUUGAACUGCAGGCAGGUUAUCAAAUCGUCAGCGACACCUUCAGUGAGCCAGAAAAGUGUGGAUUGAUGGAGUUGGAGCCAUUUCAGUUGCCCAUGUUGGCCGUUCACCGGAAGAAUUUUCCCUACAAGGAACUCAUACGAAGACAAUUACGUUGGCAACGGGAGGUGAGCCUGGUGAAUCGCGAGGAACGGAAAUGGAUACCACAGAAGCAAUGCGAAGGCGGGGUGGGUGGCUUUGUCUCCAUUGGCAUCACCGAAUGCCGCUAUGCCCUGGGCAUCUUUGGCUGCGGAGCUGCCGCCAGCUUUGGUCUCUUUCUCUGCGAGUUUCUCAAGCACUUUAAGUUAGUCUAUGGCAUUCUUAAAGGAUAUCGAGAGAUGCAGCGCUAA